AGCUUCUCUCCUCCCGAGCCGGCGCUGUGCCCGGGGCGCUCCGGGAGGAGGGACCAGGAUCCGGCGCCGGGGCGCAGAUACUGACACCAAGGGAAUCCGGGUGCCCCCCCCCCACGCCAUGCGGGCCCCCGGGAACCUGGCUCUGCCACCUCGGCUGCCCCGUGGCCACGGCCCCAAUCCUGGCCAGGCGGAGAUUCUGCGGACAUUCAGGGAUCGGCUUCGUCACUGAGACCUCAGGCCUCUGCCAUCCACCCCCCCACACACACCCCUAGCCAUCCUCGGCAGUUCUCAGUCGCGGCUCCACCUGUGCCCUCGCCCCAGCCGCAGCUAUGUUGCACACUGAGGGCCACGCUCUUCUUCGGGCGGUGGGUCAGGGUAAGCUACGCUUGGCCCGUUUGCUUCUGGAGGGAGGCGCCUACGUGAAUGAGGGUGAUGCGCAGGGGGAGACUGCGCUAAUGGCAGCCUGUCGGGCCCGCUACGACGACCCCCAGAACAAGGCACGCAUGGUACGCUACCUCCUGGAGCAAGGCGCGGACCCCAACAUCGCAGACCGCCUGGGGCGCACGGCGCUCAUGCACGCUUGCGCCGGGGGUGGGGGCGCCGCCGUGGCCUCGCUGCUUCUUGCCCACGGCGCGGACCCCUCCGUCCGAGAUCACGCGGGCGCCUCGGCUCUCGUCCACGCCCUGGACCGCGGAGACCGCGAGACCCUUGCCACGCUGCUGGACGCCUGCAAGGCCAAGGGCACGGAGGUCAUCAUCAUCACCACCGAUACCUCGCCCUCGGGCACCAAGAAGACCCGGCAGUAUCUUAAUUCUCCACCAUCCCCAGGGGUGGAGGAUCCUGCUCCCGCUCCUCCUAGCCCGGGGGUCUGCACGUCGCCUUCGGAAAUCCAGCUGCAGACCGCAGGAGGAGGAGGGCGAGGGAUGCUAUCCCCUCGCGCCCAGGAAGAAGAGGAGAAGCGGGACGUAUUUGAAUUCCCUCUGCCUAAGCCCCCGGAUGACCCCUCCCCUUCCGAGCCGCUCCCCAAACCACCACGCCAUCCCCCAAAACCACUCAAAAGGCUCAACUCCGAGCCCUGGGGCCUAGUGGCCCCUGCUCAACCAGUCCCACCCACCGAAGGGAGACCCGGGAUCGAGCGCUUGACUGCCGACUUCAACGGCCUGACCCUGACGGGUCGACCCCGUCUUUCCCGACGUCACAGCACGGAAGGCCCUGAGGACCCGCCCCCAUGGGCGGAGAAAGUGACUUGCGGGGGUCCUCUCUCGCGCCGAAACACAGCACCAGAAGCUCAGGAGUCUGGCCCUCCUUCAGGGCUGAGGCAGAAACUGAGCCGCAUGGAGCCAGUGGAGCUCGACACCCCCGGACAUCUUUGCCCUGACUCGCCGGAAUCCAGCCGCUUGUCCCUGGAGCGCCGCCGAUACAGCGCCUCCCCGUUGACCCUCCCUCUGGCCGGCUCGGCUCCCUCUCCGCGCCAGUCCCAAGAAAGUCUGCCAGGGGCGGUAUCUCCGCUAAGCGGACGAAGGCGGAGUCCGGGCCUGCUGGAGCGGAGGGGGUCGGGGACGUUGCUCCUGGACCACAUCUCGCAAACGCGGCCGGGUUUCCUGCCCCCUCUCAACGUCAGUCCCCACCCUCCCAUCCCCGACAUUCGCCCUCAACCCGGAGGUCGGGCGCCUUCGCUGCCUGCCCCUCCUUAUGCCGGGGCGCCAGGCUCUCCCAGGACCAAGCGCAAAUUGGUGAGACGCCACUCCAUGCAGACUGAGCAGCUCCGCCUGCUAGGGGGCUUCCAGAGUCUAGGUGGGCCUGGGGAGCCAGGGCGCUGAGAGAGGGGUGAGAGGAGCCAAGGAGGGUGGGGACCAGGACCUUAAUGGGGUAGGUGGGAGAACCGCUCACACACACACACCAGGAAAACAGGGAUCCCUUGCAUGUGCUCAUGGGUGAACGGGGCACCCAUACAUGGUUAAGCAUGUGUCCAUAAGCACAGUACUCUUAUUAGUGAGAAAGAAUAAGUACUCUACUUACUGGGUAUAUAGACACAUGUAUUCAUGCCCUGGUCAUUUCACAUGCAUAUGGGAUUACUUGUGUACCCACAGGCACAGCACACCAAUAAACACACAGGGCUAGGGUCCCAAACUCUCUUGCAUUUGUUCAGAAGCAGUAGGGAACCCCUACUUAUGGGCAGUCUCCGAUGUCUUUGCCCUCCUGCAGAAGCAGUCCCUUGCUUUCCACGUAUGCCCUGCAACACAGCCUAUCCUGAUUUUGCACACUCUAUUCUCUCCGUGAACAUCCUAGCCCAUUCUGCAGGUCUCGCUUCUUUCUCCAGGCCUGGCUCCUUAGUCACACCCUGCUUCCAGCCCCAACCACUUUUCAGGAUAUCUUUUUCACUCUUCUUGGGGGUUCCUGCAGCAACCCCCAGCCUCAGUUCCGCUGCUGUCUUUCCUGCUCUCAACUUCACUUCUCAACUUCCUGCUUUUUAUUCCCACCCUGUUCCUCCAACUACAACAGAUUGUCUCAUUUUCCCAGGGAGUGGGUCAUGGGCUCUAAGCUGCUCUUCUGUCUGUCUGAGCUUAUGAACACCCCCACAGGUAGAAGUGGGGAGAAACCCUAAAUCACUCCUCUCUCCACUUGACAUAUCAAAUAAAUGUGUUCAGAGUC